ACGAGAUUACACCACUAAGAAAAUAUACACAUCCGUCUAGCACCAUUGUCAAUUUACAUCUGACCAAAUCAGUUCCAUUUUCAAACAGUCACGUGACACUAUGGUUCACAAAUUGUUAUUGUGUGUCUAUGCAACCGUGCAAUUAGUAGUAGCUUAUAUGCAAUCUGAUGAUUUAUACUAUCCUGAAAAUAAAAUGGUAAUCGGUAAUUUAAAACGAAGGGAAGUUGUACCACUGAAUCCAUACUCAAAGAUUAAUAGUAGAAGAAGAUUUGGGAACGAUGGACAAGGAAGCCUAAAUUAUAGAAGGACCAAAGAUAUUCGUGAAGAUUUCAUUGAUCGAAGGUUUGAGCUGUCUGAAUCCCAGCUAAGAGAAGUACAACUUGACAAUAAAGAGAAUAAUUUGAACAAACUGCACGACGAAUUGAGCUGGCUCUCCCUUGACACUGUUGAAGGCAUAGAUCAACCAACAGACUUGGUGGUUUUCGGCGAACAGUAGUUUAAAAUGAAAAUACUUUUUAUAGUUUGAUAGUUUUACCCGAAAUCAUGGCUAAUUACUAAGCACCAACAAUGUUCGUAAUAUCUCUAGGCACCGCAAUGAUUGAAUUGUCCAAA